CGUGAGUGUGCUUCCGGCUGAUCGUUGACGUUGAAACGUGAUGAAGACAGAAAACCUCACACCGAGCCGCGAAGACUGCGAGUACACGAGCUGCUACUGUGAAGAAAAUGUUUGGAAGCUCUGUGACUUUGUCAGAACCAAGAGAACCGCACCGCUAGAACAGCUGUUCGUUGUUUUCAUCUCUAAUGACAACAGAAUGGUUCCUUUGUGGAAACAGAAGUCUGGACGUGGAGACCAGCCAGUGAUCUGGGAUUACCACGUGGUUCUGCUGCAGGCGGAGCUUCAGUCCGACGCUCUGAUCUACGAUCUGGACACUGAGCUGCCGUUCCCCUGCAGCCUGAAGCUCUACGGCGCCGAGGCCUUCCGCUCAGACCGCCACAUCAGACCCGAGUACCACAGGAAGUUGCGCGUGGUUCCUGCUGACAUCUUCCUGCUGAACUUUGCGUCGGAUCGUUCUCACAUGAAGAACCCUGAUGGAACCUGGAAGAUGCCGCCGCCGCCGUAUCCCCCCAUACACACCGCAGAGAGUCACAUGAACCUGGACGACUUCAUCAGCAUGGAUCCUGCUGUCGGCUGGGGAACCGUGUACAGCCUGAAACAGUUCCUGCACAGAUACACAGGAAACGCAUCAUCAUCGUCAUCAUCAUCGUCAUCAUCUGCAUCAUCAGCUGCAGCGUCGCGGUAGCCGCAGGUUUGGAGCUGCAGGCUUGUAGCUGCAGUCUGUAGCUGCAGAUUUGUGCCUGCAGGUUUGUAGCUGCAGUUUGUAGCUGCAGGUUUGUAGGUGCCGUUUGUAGCUGUAGUCUGUAGCUGCAGUUUGUGGCUGCAGUUUGUGGUUGCAGGUUUGUGGCUGCAGGUUUGUAGCUGCAGUUUGUAGCUGCAGUCUGUAGCCGCAGGUUUGUAGCCGCAGGUGUGUAGCUGCAGUUUGUGGCUGCAGUUUGUGGUUGCAGGUUUGUGGCUGCAGGUUUGUAGCUGCAGGUCGGCGCCUCCUGCUGGUUGCUGUCGACGUGUUCAGUUCUCUGACUGACAAGUCAAAUGCUGCUGGACUCUGAUUGGUGCUUUCAACCUGUAUUUUUUAAACCCCGCCCCUGCACGCCAGCAGAUCGAGCUCAUAACAAACACAAGAUGUUGAUCGUCCUGCUGAGAGACAAUCUGAUCAAAAUAUUGAUCGAUCAGUUAUCAAUCUGCCCUGUGAUCAAUGAGCGUUAGACUUUUUUUGCCUCUGUCUCUAUUUGUAUAAAGUUUAUCUGUUCAACUCAUUUUUGAUGGUGUCUUAGAACCUCCUCACUUCACUGUCAGUCACCUCUGGAACAGUUCUGUUGUUGUACAUCUGCGAUCAGUAACUGAUGAUCGAUUGAUCCAGAGUGUUUGACAAGCAACUCAGGAUAAUCAAUAACUGAUAAUUUAUUGCUGCAAUCUACAGUUUCAGCUUCUGAUUGAAAGACAAACAGCAGCAACAAUAAAAUAAAGUUUCAGAAGUCAAACAGCUGA